AUGAGCCAGUCAUUUGGAGCUACUUCUUUUAACUAUACAUACACCCUAAGUAUUAAGACUCCCAGGUGUACCAGCACUGGCAUGAUGGACUCGGACAGCCUGAUCAAGCUGCUGCCGGAGCUGCUGAACCAUGGGCCUGACCAGCCAGCUGGAGGUCGGCCGCGGCUCGGCGGCUGGUCCGCUGGUGCCGUCUGUUCCGAUGAAGCCUCGGGACAGUCGCAGUCCGACUGUGACCAGACAUCAGACAGCACGUCAGAUGAGCAGGAGGACGGGUCAGAAGAAACGGAGCAAGAUGUCCAGCACGUCGGAGAACAACGCUCUCCGAAGCUGGUCGACCUGGACGAAAUAGAGAGGUUCCUCGAUGAUAUCUCGACGUCCCACCAAUCCUCCGGACAGGGUAGGUAUGCGCUGAGCAGAUACGACAUGAACUCCGUGGAGCGGCUGCGGUCUCGGGUGCCGCCCACCUCUGACCUGGCCGGCCCGGACCGCACCAGGCAGCGCGCUCUGGACCGCCGGCUGGAGGAGCAGAACCGGCUGCUCGACGGCUUCAACGCCGAGAACGCUCGCCUCUACCGUGAACUGAAGCAGCUCAAGGCGUACAUCACAUACGUGUAG